CGUAUUCCUCAGCCUCACCCAAAGAAUCUCUCUCAUCCACAUAACGUUGUUCCCUUCUCACUUUCCCCUCUUCCAAAUAAACCAACAAAUUAUUAUGUUCUUCCCACCACUUUCCUCUCCAUAUCGUCAAAACUUUCAUAUAUCCCUUAGCAUUCUCAACUAUAUAGCUCUAGCUUCUCCUUGCUAGCUCGGGUUCGAAAAAAUGGAGUCGGUCGCGUCCAACUCUACCCCGCAUGAACACCGUAACCGCCGUCCGAACCCACGGUUCAGGGUGCCCCACCCAGUUGCGGGCCGGAUCGUCCGCGCGAUCCAGAACAGCCUGCUGCUGCUGCACCGGUCGGGGCCCAACUUCUUUGUCCUCGGGGCGACAGGUAAUGUGUACAGCGUGACGCUAUCAGCCACGCCCUCGUGCACCUGCCCUGACCGCUCCGCCCCGUGCAAGCACAUUCUGUUCGUCCUCAUCCGCGUGCUAGGCAUCCCUCUCAACGACCCGUGCCUCCAUAGGAAGACCCUGAGGCCCUGCCAACUCGACAGGCUCCUCGCCACGCCGUCCCUGCCGGGGACACUUGCUGGUGCUGGCCUCCAGGAGAUGUUCCACCGGCACUUCUACCUGUCCAGGCAAGGGCUGACCCAACGUUCGGCCCCGGUCCAGGUGGAGGAAGGCUCCAUCUGCCCAGUCUGUCUCGACGAAAUCAGGGCCGAUGGGCAAGAGACCAUAAGGAAGGGGGUGGUCGCGUGCGAGACUUGCCGGAACCCGAUCCACGAGGAGUGCUUAUUGAAGUGGAAGAGGAGCAGGGGGAGGAGGCCGGCCAUAUGCGUGAUUUGUCGGGCGAGGUGGAGGAAUAGGAUGGGUCAAGAGAAGUACGUGAAUUUGGCUGCUUAUGUCGUUGAAGAUGAUAGGGCUCAUGAAGAUAAUAACAAUGGUGGCGGCCGUUCAUGUGGCGAUUAAUUAAGUUCUCUAUCCGAUAAGCCCAAAAAAAAAGAAAGAAUCAGCAUAUUUAUAUUUCUGUUUUAGUCUUUAAACACAACUUGAAAUUGCGAUCACUUAAUUUGUAAAUAAAUUAGAAUAAUUGGAAUAAUGAUAUUAAUUAGCAUAAA